GCGAGCAGCGAAGCAUCGCGACGCAGUGUGAGACGGCAAAUGAGCGUAUUUUGGAUUCGCGUUUAGUCGCUAACUAACUCGCUACGUGUGGGGCGUUGUACGCACAGCACUGCUCCAAGUACUCCUAUCAUCGUUUCGCGUAAUCUGCGAACCGCAAUCGGCCGUAACGAGAAGUCGCAUUAAAAAGCGAUCGGCGCCGAAGUGGGCUGGCAGGGCAGGAUCAGUGUGUGUGCGUCCGCUUUGGCAGGUCGGUCAGUGCAUGGUGCGAGCAGGAGUUCAUCGGGCAGAGUGUAAUCGUGGCCUUCAACGCCGGACAUCGCGCACAACAGACUGCCUUACACACCCAAGGCGGCCAAGGAUCUCCACCACGAAACGGUCACACCUGGACACCGCAGCAGUGACCCAUCGUUCUAAAGCUGCGCGGCCGUCAUCCUAGCCGCCGCCGACGCUUCACAACACACCGAGCGCACAAAUCCAAUUAGCUUUAAUAGUGUACUUGACAGGGGAGGAUGCAGGCGAUCAAAUGCGUUGUCGUCGGCGAUGGUGCCGUCGGUAAGACAUGCUUACUGAUAAGUUAUACAACCAAUGCCUUCCCGGGGGAAUACAUACCGACUGUGUUCGAUAAUUAUUCGGCCAAUGUUAUGGUCGAUGGGAAGCCUAUAAAUUUGGGACUGUGGGAUACGGCGGGUCAGGAGGAUUACGAUCGUUUGCGUCCAUUAUCUUACCCACAGACUGAUGUUUUUCUGAUAUGCUUUUCCCUUGUAAAUCCGGCUUCGUUCGAGAAUGUGAGAGCAAAGUGGUUUCCUGAAGUGAGACAUCACUGUCCAAACACGCCAAUUAUUCUGGUCGGAACCAAGUUGGAUUUACGCGAUGAUAGGGUGACAAUUGAAAAACUAAAAGACAAAAAGUUGACGCCAAUUACUUAUCCACAGGGGUUGGCCAUGGCGAAAGAAAUCAGCGCCGUGAAAUACUUAGAGUGCUCAGCGCUCACACAAAAAGGCCUGAAGACAGUAUUCGACGAAGCCAUCCGGGCCGUCCUGUGUCCGGUGAUGCCCGUGAAGCCAAAACGAAAAUGCACAAUUCUUUAAGACUUCACAACGCUAAGUCACGCAUUAACUAAUAACUAAAUCAACAGAGCAUUACAAAACAUUUUACAUGCGAAGCGCGAUUCAUUAACAUUUUAACAUGUACAUUAACACACACUAAGAACACGUGUAAUUUUAAUCGAAACAAACACUAUGGAUUAUAUUCGAUUCAUCCAUUUUCUUGUUCUAAAAUACUUCAUUGUUCAUCGAUUUCAAAUAGCCGAUAGAGAAAAACACAGCAUUCUUCUACAUCUGCAUGCCAGUUGCUAAAAACGAACGCAAACUGCAACAUUUUCGCAAUUUUGCCAAAUGUGGAGAAAUGUGCAAUUGAUCGAUAAGUAGGAACUAAAUAAACGAGAGCACAAUUUACAAAUUUUACCGAUACAGAUGUAGUCGGAGAGAAACAGUAUGUCAAGAGGGAACGGUGUAUAAAUGUGAUUUAAGUAUAUAACUGCUAAUUAAUUACUGAAAUUAAUUAAGAGAUAUACAUAGCAAGAUGAAUAUUAUUACUGAUUAUUAAGUGCAUUGAUUUAUGUUUUGUAUUAUUUGCGCAUUUAAUUUUAGAGAUAUUUAGCUAUCAAUGCAAAGUGCAAAUUUUUAAAACAUCUAAUGGAUAGUCAUUGAAAUGAAAUCAAAAGCAAACUGAUACGAAAUUAUAUUUUUUUAUUAGAUGGAAGCGAAUCAGAACAUUUGUAGCUGAAAGUAAAUAUUAGUGGAUUACUUUUCAUUUUCUUCUUUUCUUUGUUUAUUGAAAUAUUGGAUUGAUGAAAAUGAACCUGACCAGACAUUUAUAAUCAUUGACUAAUGAUGAUAAUGAUGUUAAUAUAUGUAAUAAAUAAUUGUUAUUAACGAGCGUUAACUUCACAAUGGAGUGGAAUCGAUUCGCGGACGAGCACAACGGGCCGGAAGUGGGGGACGCAGCUAUUGAGAGUUGUACGAUAUGUUUAAGCAUAAAUGUAGUUGUUGUAAGGAAAUCAAAACGAACUCAAAGUCACAUUUAUCAAGCUGUAAAUUGAUGUUCUGGUCGCCGGAGAAGCAUUGAUAGGCGAUAACAAACGAGAAAUGUGUGAGUGUUGUUUCAUGGAAAUGGUCGUUAUACGAUUAUCAGCAAACUGUUUGUCACAUCCCGCCUACUGAAACAAGCGUUUUUACAUUUCUUAAUGCGGUUACUGAAUUCCGAGAUAAUCCGUCACUACCACACGCUUGCGUCUGAUAAUAAUCAGCAGACAUUGUAAAAACUAUCGCAUUAAUACUGUUUUGCUUGAUGAAAUAAUGAUAUUGAUAAAUUAACGUGCAACUGCAUGUUGUUGCGGUUCGUUGAGUAUGAAUAAGAUGAAAAUGUUUGAAAUGAUUAUUUUUUGCUUUAUAAAGAUUUUAUAUUAAUUAAGAUAUAUUUUUGAAUAAUUAGGAAUGCGCGCAUCUGCAUACAGAUUACGUAUUGAAAGGACGUUUGAAUGAGUUAUAGUACUAUUUAUGUUAUGUUAAUUGUAAUUGCUAUUCUUAUUAUUUGCAAUGAAUGCUUAGCGAAGUAAUGCCAAAAGAAAUAAGUACAGUUUCAUCUCACACAUGACUACAUUGUGAACAAACGGUCCUGUCGGAUCACUACUAUCGCGAGAGAAUUCGGUAACUUUUAUUUUAUUCGUCUCAAACACAUCCGCUGAAAAUGUGUAUGGACAGUCUAUUUGCUCAUCUAAUAUUUUCUAUAAUAAUUUGUCUUAUGUUGCAGAUUAAUUAAUUAUUCGGCCUGCAUUUAGAAUAAUCACAAUCAGUUUAGUUAGAGAAAUGAAAUUUUUUGUUAUGUUGUGCUAAGUUAUUUUAUCAAUGCUAACGGGCAUAAAAGAAAACUGGCGACAUUCACGAUAUUAAAAUAUCAACUGGUGGACACUAUGUUUGUUGACAUGGAAAUUUGUACGUGUGUGAUUUGUCGUCGUUACAGCGACUGUGUGUAUUUUUUGUAAAUACUAAAUAUUUUAUUGAUUUAUUCAUAUACAUAACAAUAUAAUGAAAUAAAAGUUUAUAGAUUA